AUGCCACGAAAACGUGUUCACAAAUCGCCUUCGUUUGAAAAGAAAGACGAUGUAGAUGAUGACGACUUUUUAUUCGAUGACACUCAGUCCAGUUCGGGAAGAAGUGGACACGAACCGCAACACAGAAAUGCAGCAAAUGCGAGAGAGCGAGCCCGAAUGAGGGUUUUAUCGAAAGCUUUUUGUCGACUGAAAACAACUCUACCUUGGGUUCCGGCGGACACUAAGCUCUCGAAGUUAGAUACCUUGAGGCUUGCAGCGUCAUACAUAGCACAUCUCCGUGCUUUGCUUCACGAGCCACGGUCACAACAUACACCACCACACCCCUUGAGUCUUGCGUGGCCAUUUACUUUCCAACAUGGCGGCACACUGAGCUGCUCUAUAUCCCAAAGAUGGAAUAUAAAUUCACAAAAUGAUAGUCGCGACGUGCAGACACAAAGAGAAGCUAUGCCAAGCGAUGAGAACUAUCAACAGGAUUAUUCUGAAAACGACUUCGACGAGAGAAACUACGAUGAUAUGGCGGAACAAGCGUACUCGAACGCCCAAUACUGCAAUUACGGGUAUAAAGAAAAUUAUUAUGAAAGUAGAAACACGUAUCCCUCAGAUGUUCUGCAUAAUGUGUAA